CCCGCCCGAGCAGAGGCAGCGCCCAUGGAGUUCUCGGAGCUGAUCAAGACGGCGACAGUGGAGAACGUGCUGCUGUCGCGCCCGGGGCUGCCGGCGGUGCGGGGCACCCUGUGCAUCACCAGCCACCACCUGCUGCUCUCCUCCCGUCCCCGCGGCGACCUGGAGCUCUGGCUGCUCAUCCGCAACGUGGACGCCGUGGAGAAAAGGAUCUGCGGCUCCUCCGGAACCAUCACACUGCGCUGCAAGGACCUGAAGGUGCUGCAGCUGGAGAUCCCGGGCAUGGAGCAAUGUCUGAACAUCGCCAGCUCCAUCGAGGCGCUCUCCUCGGUGGACUCGGUGAUGAUGAUGUACCCGUUCUUCUACCGCCCUCCGAGCCUGCGGCUGCAGCAGGGCUGGCACCGCUUCCCCCUCGAGCGCUUCUUCCAGCAGCUCUCCUCGCAGACGAGCCAGUGGCGGCUGAGCACCGUGAACCGGGACUUCAGCGCCUGCCCCUCGUACCCUCCCGCCGUGAUCGUGCCGGCGGCCGUGGGCGAUGACACCGUGAUCAAGGCGGCGCGGUUCCGGCAGGGCGGGCGAUUCCCCGUUCUCAGCUACUUCCACCCCAAAAACGGCACCGCCCUGCUCCGCAGCAGCCAGCCCCUGACAGGUCCCAACCGCCGGCGGUGCCGCGAGGACGAGAAGCUCUUGGGGACAAUCCUGGAUGAGGGCGAGCGAGGUUUCAUCAUCGACACGCGCUCAGCCCAGGCGGCCAAGCAGGCACGGAUGAGCGGCGGCGGCACCGAGCCCAAAUCCUCCUACCCCCAGUGGAGGAGGCUCCACCGAGCCCUGGACAGAGGCCGGCAGCUGCAGGAGAGCUUCAUCAGGCUGGUGGAAGCCUGCAGUGACCCCUCGCUGAGCAUGGACCGCUGGCUGGCCCGGCUGGACAGCAGCCGCUGGCUCGGCCACGUCAAGGCAGCCCUGAGCACGGCCUGCCUGGCUGCUCAGUGCUUGGACAGGGAGGACUCCAAGGUGCUGGUGCAUGGGGCGGAGGGGACAGACACCACGCUGCUGGUGACAGCGCUGGCCCAGCUCAUCCUGGACCCGUCCUGCCGCACCCUGGAGGGAUUCCAGGGGCUGCUGCAGAGGGAAUGGAUCGAGGCUGGGCACCCCUUCCACCUGCGCUGCGCCCGCUCCGCCUCCUCCCACGCCCGAGGGAAGCAGGAGGCGCCGCUUUUCCUCCUCUUCCUCGACUGCGUGUGGCAGCUGAGCCGCCAGUUCCCCUUCUCCCUGGAAUUCGGGGAGCAGCUGCUCCUCACCCUCUUUGACAACGCCUACUCCUCUGCCUUCGGCACCUUCCUGUGCAACAACGAGAAGGAGAGGAGCCUGUGUAAGGUGAAGGAGAGCACACACUCGCUCUGGGCCUGGCUGAACCAGCCUGAGGAGAAGCACAAGUACCUGAACCCUCUCUACUCACACAACCCCUUGGUGAUCUGGCCCUCGGUGGAGCCCCAGAGCAUCCAGCUCUGGCAGGGUUUGUUCCUUCGUUGGAUCCGUCCUUCCCAGCACCUCGAUGAGGCCUGGGCAGAGAUCCAGAAGCUGGUGCAGGGAAACAACUCCUGCAUCAAGGAGAGCACAGGGCAAAGGCUGAGCCAGUCCCUCCCUGAGCCCACUGCUGGGACAGAGAGUGGAAGAUGAAGCGUGGACAGUCGGGUGAACACGAGAUUUGGGACAAGGUGACACUGGGUGUUCCCAUGGGAAGGGCUGUGCAGGACACAGACCCCAUGGACAGAUUCCCCCUUCCCAGCCUUCAGCUGCCCAGCCUGAGCUUGUUUCAGUAAAUCUCUCUCCCAGCCCUUGCCUGCGUCCUGCUCUUCCAUAGGGAAGCUGCUCCUUCCUUCUGGGAUCUCAGCAGUACCUGUGGAUGGCUCUGGAGAUAAAGGGCAGGAGGUGACACAAAUAACCCCAAGAGGACACACUAAACCAACAAUCCCCACUAAAUCACAAAGGCUGCAGCCUCAGUGUCGUGCCAGUGGCUCCGAGCUGGGAGCCAGCCUGGGAAUUUUGCCCUUGGGCCCAGUUUUGAGGAAGGAAAGAGGAAAAAAAAAAAAUAAAAAAAGAAACACCACCUCUCUGGAGAGACAGGAGGGUGGGAGGGU